AUGUCAUCUCGACCAGAUUUGAAGGUCGACGACGAAGUCGGUUUCAUCCGCUUCUACCGCUCCCUCCCCGAAGCAGACAACAAUGAGACCAUCCGUGUCUUCGAUCGAGGCGACUGGUACUCCUCACACGGCGCCGAUGCCGAAUUCAUCGCUCGCACCGUCUACAAAACCACCUCCGUCCUCCGGAACCUCGGUCGCAGCGAGACCAACGGACUACCCUCCGUCACCAUGAGCGUGACUGUAUUCCGUAAUUUCCUCCGCGAAGCACUCUUCCGCCUCAACAAGCGCGUCGAGAUCUGGGUGUCUGGCGGUACCGGCAAGGGAAACUGGAAGUUGGGCAAGCAAGCUAGUCCCGGUAACCUGCAGGACGUGGAAGAUGAGCUCGGCAGCGUGGGUGCCAUGUCGAUGGAUUCAGCGCCUAUCAUUCUAGCCGUGAAGAUCUCUGCGCGAGCGUCGGAGGCUAGGAACGUCGGCGUGUGUUUUGCAGAUGCGAGCGUACGCGAGCUCGGCGUGAGCGAGUUCCUCGAUAACGAUAUCUACUCCAACUUCGAGUCUUUGGUCAUCCAGCUCGGCGUGAAGGAGUGUUUGGUUGUGAUGGAUUCGGCCGGGAAGGAUGUUGAACUGGCCAAGAUUCGUGCUAUUGCGGAUAGCUGUGGCAUUGCGAUCUCCGAGCGGCCGGCCGCAGAUUACGGCCUGCGCGAUAUCGAGCAAGAUCUCACGCGGUUGCUGCGUGAUGAACGGUCCGCGGGUACCCUGCCGCAGACGGAACUGAAGCUUGCUAUGGGAUCUGCGUCUGCGUUGAUCAAGUACCUUGGCGUGAUGACGGACCCGACUAAUUCCGGCCAGUACCAGCUUUAUCAGCAUGAUUUGUCGCAGUACAUGAAGCUGGAUGCGUCUGCGCUGCGUGCUUUGAAUCUCAUGCCUGGUCCGCGGGACGGAUCGAAGAGUAUGAGUCUGUUUGGUUUAUUGAAUCAUUGCAAGACGCCCGUGGGAAGUCGGUUGCUGUCGCAGUGGUUGAAACAGCCGCUGAUGGAUCUUGCCGCCAUUGAGCAGCGGCAGCAGCUGGUGGAGGCGUUUGUGGUCAACACGGAGCUGCGUCAGACGAUGCAGGAGGAGCAUCUGCGUGCUAUUCCCGAUCUCUACCGUCUUGCUAAACGUUUCCAGCGGAAACAGGCUAAUUUGGAGGACGUUGUUCGCGUAUAUCAGGUGGCUAUCCGGCUUCCUGGAUUUGUCAGGGCCCUGGAAGAUGUCAUGGAUGAGCAAUAUCAAGUACCGUUGGAUAAGGAGUAUACGUCUAAGCUGCGGGGUCACUCGGACGGCCUGGCAAGGCUGGAGGAGAUGGUGGAGACUACAGUUGACCUCGCUGCGCUCGAGAACCACGAGUUUAUCAUCAAGCCGGAAUUUGAUGAGGGCCUCCGAGUUAUUCGCAAGAAGCUGGACAAGGUUCGGUAUGAUAUGGACAUGGAGCACCGCCGGGUUGCAAAGGAUCUGAACCAGGAUAUGGAGAAGAAGCUCUUCAUGGAGAACCACCGUGUACAUGGUUGGUGCUUCCGUCUGACUCGCACGGAAGCGGGUUGCAUUCGCAAUAAGAAGGGAUACCAAGAGUGCUCGACGCAGAAGAACGGCGUGUACUUCACCACCUCUACGAUGCAAUCUCUCCGUCGGGAGCACGACCAAUUAUCAUCCAACUACAACCGAACCCAAACUGGUCUCGUUAAUGAAGUUGUGAACGUUGCUGCCUCCUACUGUCCCGUCUUGGAACAGCUUGCCGGUGUUCUGGCACACCUCGAUGUUAUUGUGAGCUUUGCACAUGCUGCAGUCCAUGCGCCAGCGGGAUACGUUCGGCCCAAGAUGCAUCCUCGAGGGACCGGUAACACUGUGCUCAGGGAAGCCCGUCAUCCAUGCAUGGAAAUGCAAGACGACAUCUCCUUCAUCACCAACGAUGUCUCUUUGAUUCGCGACGAAUCAUCCUUCCUCAUUAUUACUGGUCCCAACAUGGGCGGUAAAUCUACAUACAUCCGGCAAAUCGGUGUCAUUGCACUCAUGGCCCAGAUCGGUUGCUUCGUACCUUGCACUGAAGCAGAGCUGACAAUCUUCGACUGCAUCCUUGCCCGAGUCGGUGCUAGUGACUCGCAGCUCAAAGGUGUCUCCACAUUCAUGGCAGAGAUGCUCGAGACAGCCAACAUUCUCAAGUCUGCCACCUCAGAAUCUUUGAUUAUCAUCGACGAGCUUGGUCGUGGAACUAGUACCUACGAUGGAUUUGGUCUUGCCUGGGCGAUUUCGGAGCACAUCGUUACCGAGAUUCGUUGCUUCGGUCUCUUCGCGACUCAUUUCCACGAGUUGACUGCGUUGGCGGAUCGGUAUCAAAAGGCCGUGAAGAACCUACACGUCGUGGCAUUCAUUGGCGACGGAGCCGAAGGCGACGCUGACGACGGCGCGGAAAAGAAGAAGCAACAAGUAACGUUGCUGUACCGCGUGGAACCGGGUAUCUGCGAUCAAUCUUUUGGUAUCCACGUUGCCGAGCUCGUCCGAUUCCCCGACAAGGUUGUCAACAUGGCCCGCCAAAAGGCGGAGGAAUUGGAGGACUUCUCAACUGCCGAGACUGCGGAAAAACAGCAGCCUACUCCCUCAUUGGAUAAGUACUCACAAGAGGAGGUGGAGGAAGGCAGCGUCCUUCUCAAGGAGAUGCUGUUGAAGUGGAAGGCUGAGAUUGAAGGUAAAGACCUCUCGUCUGAGCAGAAGCGCCAGAUAAUGCGCGAUCUUGUCAAAGGAGAUGAGAAGUUACAGGCGAACAAGGUGUUCCAGGGUAUCAAAGCUCUUUAG